GUAACGGGCAAAUACAAUUCAUUUAGUAAACGGCUUCACGGCACGGCGUAACGCGUAACGGAUGGAUGGAUUAACGUGAGCACACUUUUAUACAACAAAAAAGUAGAAAGAAACAGAAAUAAAAAUAAAAAAACACAACAGCAAAGAAAGAAUUUAUGGAAUAAGCAAACAUCUUCAAGAAAAAUCCAACGGAAAUAUGUGAAUUAAAUGGAAAAAUUUGUGAGAUUUUUUCCGUGUGAAGUGUAAAAUAAUUUUGAAAAACAAGUGAAGCAAUAAAUUUUUGUGAUUGAAAGAAGCUCAAGGGGCUGCGUGUUAUAAAAGAAGAAGAAAAAAAUUAAACAAUUUUUUUUUUGUGGAAUGGAAUGCAGCAAAAGAGAUAGCGAGCGCGAACGCCGCCGUUACAAUUUAAAGUGAAAAAUUCAUGUGCCAGAAAGAGAGGGACAGAUUUUGUUGUUUAAAUUACACCAAAAGCAAAAUAAAAUUGUAUAUCUCCCAGCAAUAGCAACAGCAGCAACAACGAAAACAACAACAUAGUAGCAGCAGCAUUGAUUAAGAUCCCAUUGUGCACAGACUCUCCUCAUCAUAGAUACAUGCAAGCAACUUGAAAACUACAAACACACACAUUCACAUACACACUCGUUCCUACACAUGCCAACUAACAAAGUUGUGUGCCAGCCAGCCAGCAAUAGGAGAGAUACAAGUCCGUUUUAUGCUUGAUGUUGUUGUAGCAUGAUGAGAUCGUCAUUUGUUAUUGUUGUAUAAAUUCAAGUAAAUGCUAAGAGAGAUACACCACCAACACUUCUUCGAUGUAAUCAUUGGAGUUUUUAUGGUGCCUGCUUUUGUUGUUAAUCGAGCAACGAUAGCAACAACAACAAUAAGAAUACAGUGAAGAGGAAGCUAAGAAUUUAAGAUCAUCAGCGAUGAGAUUAGAAAAAUUUAAAAUAAUUUUAUUUUGAAUACCAACCCAACAGAAAUAGGCAAAUGCCAAUUAAAACAAACGACAAAGUGAAAAAGUGAUUAUUAAACACACACAUACACACCGGAAUAAUAAGGCCAAUAUUAAUGGAAAAUUGAAAAAAAAGUUAAGGCCUCACAAAAUAUUGUACCAAAAUUUAGUGCCUAAAAAUUUGUGAAAAAAAAAAAAAUUGAAAAUUUGAAGAAAAAAAAUGCCAAGAAAUUAGUGCCCAGUGAUAAUAGCGAGCUAGUUUGUACCCCCAUAGCCCAAGAAAUAAGUCAUUAAUCUUCGUAUGGAGAAAUUAAUAUUUAUGACAAAAAAUAUACAUAUUUUUAUACAAAAAUAACCUCAAUACGCGGUCAAAAAUACCUUCAGUGAAACAAAACAAAAAAAUCGAAGGAGAAAAAAACAAAAAAGCUAAACACAAAACGAAAUUUGAAAAAUCGGCGCGCACCUUUUUGUAACAACAAAAAAAUAAAUAAAUUUUGGUUGGUGAUAACAACAAAACGUCGUCGUCGCCGUAAAGCAGCGUCGAAAACAGAAACCAAAAAAAUCAAAAUUCAAAUAACGUUUUUCUGUGGACGAUCCAAAAAACGACGAACACGGCAAACUAAACAACGGUUUCAAACGCGUUUUCAAACAAACCAGCAACAACAAAAUUUGCCCAAAACCAAAAAAAAUAAACAACAACACCAAAUGUGGAGGUUGACAAAAAUGCGGUUGUGAAAAUUUUCGAAACAAGUUUGAAACAUUUUUGUUUUCGUUUCGUUUAAUUUUUUGUGUUGUCUCCCUGAUUGACCAGACCCAGACACCAGCCACGAACGACGACAAAACAACGUAACUAUGUUGAGGUGGUAAAGUCCCAAAAGUAUUUCCCCCACAAAAACAACAACACACGCAAUCCUUGCAGAAAAAUUUUGCAGGAGAGAAGGAGAACGGGAAAAGAGAGAAUGACAACAAGUGAAACUGUUUUGCGAUUACCACUUACUGACUAACUGGUGUUUUGGAAUCAUUGAAUUUUUCUUGGAUAACAUCAUCAGCUACUGGGUGAUAGCAAAAACAACAGAAGUAUCAUCUCUCAAACUUCCCAACAAUUUACAUCAACGACAACGAUUCAAUUACUUGACAACAUCAGCGUUGUUGCAGCAACGCCCAGCAACAACACCGUCGUUUGCAACAUUAUUAUAACAUAUUUUGUUGUUGUUGUCGUUCUACUCUUCAUUUUUUUACUGUUGACAACGUGCAAGCAUUUCAAAAUUGAAAUUAUGCCAAAUUUACAGCAACUAGCAAACCACCAGCAACAACAACAGUAUCAACAAUACAAUCACAGUCAACCAACGCCACAUCAAACCACAUCGCUGACAAAUGUAGCCGCAGCAACGCAACAGCAGCAGCAACAACAUCAGCAUGCCAAUUUGUCCUCCUCAACAACGCACAUCUCUCCACAUCCUUAUCAGCAACCGCCCCAACACCAUCACCCGCACCAUUACCAAACAACGUCACAGCAGCAGCAGCAUCAUCAGUCUCAACAGCAUUUGCAUCAUGGCGAGUUUCCCCUGCCCGAUGGCUGGGAUAUUGCCAAGGAUUUUGAUGGCAAGAUCUAUUACAUAGAUCACAAUACGAAAAAGACAACAUGGCUGGAUCCGAGAGACCAAUACACAAAACCCCAAUCGUUUGAGGAUUGUGUGGGCGAUGAGUUACCCAUUGGCUGGGAAGAAGCUUACGAUCCGAAUAUCGGCCGUUAUUAUAUCAAUCACAUAGCCCAGACCACCCAGUUGGAAGAUCCUCGCCAAGAAUGGAAGAGUGUACAGGAACAAAUGCUGAGGGACUAUCUCUCGGCUGCCCAGGAUCAGUUGGAGAACAAGCGGGAAAUGUAUGACAUUAAACAACAACGUUUGCUGAUAGCCCAAGAGGAAUACAACAACUUGAAUAAAUUGGCUGCCAGCAGAAGUAGUUUAUGCUCUUCCACAUCAUCAAUGAGCCGACACGAUCCCGAACUGCUGCGAGCCGACUUGAAAUUGGCUAAGGAGCGUGUCUGUCAACUGAAACAUGAACUUAACCACAUUACGAGCGAUAUCUCGUACACGCAACGUGGCAUGAACACCCUCUACUCGGUUGGGGAAAAGAUCAAUGCUCGGCAAAAUGGUUGCUACGACAUUGCCGAAGUUCAAGCCAUACGAGAGGAAAUGCUCAAGGUUCACAAGUCGUUGUUGUCGGGCGAAAAGGUACGCGAGGAAUUGAUACGAAGCCUGGUACAAAUCAAAAACGAGCUAAGUCGUCAACAGAUCAGUGAGGAGAAUGCCGAAUUGCUGAAUGUCUCCUCACCCUUUGAUCGGGUGUGUGUGGCUUCACAAACAGAUCUGUGCGGGCCGGGUGAUAAUCUCAAUAGUGGAGCUCGAUUUGCUGAAAUGGCCAAAACCAAAUUGCAAUACGCCGAAUGGCGUAAGCACAUACGACGGCUGCAACAACAACUUGCCGAUCAUGUGGAACGCAUUGAACCCGGCCAGCUGGAGUCGGACAAGGAUCGCAUUCUCUUGAUACAAGAAAAAGAGAAACUCUUGAAUGAAUUGAACAGUAUCUCUUUGAAAUCUCGAACACCCGAAGAAAUCCACAUUAUACAGGAGACACGAAGAAAACUGGAAGAGGAUUUGAAAGAGGCUUAUGAAGCUACCAAUCAACAAAUCAAUAACCGCCUGCGUUUUCAUGAAGAGAAACAACUGUUGUUGGAUAAAUUGCAAGAGGCUUUGAAGUCCACAAAAAUGUUGGAGGAACGUCUGAAAUCCUUCUCAUCGGAAAGUACAUUCUCCAUUAGCAGUGGUUCCAGUCUGGGCUCCCUAUCUACGGCGAGUAGUAAAAGUGCUCUCAGUUUUACGGACAUCUAUUUGGAUCCUUUCACCGUAGAUCCCCAGAUAGAUCUGGUGGAUUUGCAUCGUCGUUCGCAGCGUCUAUUCCAGCAGCAACAACAACACCAACAGGUGCAAGCUUUGCAACAAACGCCCAACGAACAUGUUGUACUCGGUCAUCAUCCCCAGUUGCAGCAACAGCCCUCAUCCGAAAUCUCCUUGUCUCCGCGUAGCAGUCUCUCGAUGGAAACACCACCCGCAUCUCCCAUGAAAUACAAUCCCGCCUCAGAACAAAAUGGCUCACAACAGCAUUUGCUCAAGGAAGAGCCAACCUAUGCCAAUGCUGGAGCUGUCUUGCAAUCGUUGUAUCAACAACAGCCCAGUCCGGGUGGUAGCCGACAGCAGACAAAUCCCUAUGAUUUGGAUUCGACUGUUUUGGAUUGUAUGAUGCUGGAGGCCAGAUUACAGAAGCUGAAUAUGUCAGCGCCCCUGAAUUUGGGUGCCCCACUAUCGCCCAUUUCGGAGAAGCCUUCACUCUUGGAUUUGCCACAAGAAAUGCUAAGUCGUUCAUCGUCAACAUCGAAUACACGCUCCGUAUCGGCGGCGGUAAGCAAUGAAUCGGUGGCCGGAGAUUCGGGUGUGUUUGAAGCCUCCAGAGCACAUUUGCCACGCAAGGAAUUGGCCCAGGUUCAGAUUGGUUUGAAAUAUCUGAAGAAGGAGGGUGUGCUGGUGGUGUCAUUGGAACGUGCCAACAAUUUAUCUGCGCUAUGGUCGGCAUCAACGGAGAACUCGCAAGUAUAUCUACGUGCCGCCUUACUGCCCAAUUCCCUGACAUCGAUACGCACAAAAGCCAUGUCAGACUUCCAUAAACCCGUAUUCAAUGAUACAUUUGCAGUACCGAUUUCAUUAGGAAAACUUUGCACCAAAAGUCUGCAUGUCACUGUGGUCAGCAUGACUGGCCAAAAAGAAGAGAUUAUUGGCACUGUGCAAAUUAGUAUGGCUGAAUUCAAUCCGGAUGAUUCCACUCUUAAAUGGUACAAUGUUUUGAGUUCAAAAUUCAUGCCCACCUUUGAACCCAUUGAUAUGCCAUCCACAAGUGCAGCUGCAGUGGCAGCGGCAGCGGCGGUAAAUCAUCAUCAACAUAGCAGCACGGUAAGCGGCAGCUCGUCAAACACCACCACCCAUGCCACAUCGUGUAAAGAAGAAUCUUCAGAUGAAUCUACCAUAACAUCCUCGCAAACUUCAACACUAACCCGCAAUCAGGCUCCUCCCUUUGAAAUGCAAGCCCAAAUUGCUGAAGAUUUAAGGGAAAAUCUCGGCUUGGACGAUGAAGACGAAGAGGAGGAGGAGGAUGAUGAUGACGAUGAAGAAGAAGAGGAGGAAGAAGAGGAGGACGAUGAAGAGCUGGAGGGAGCAAUUGGAAGUGAUUUAACCAAGAAAAUGUUAGAUGCCUAUAUGGACAACAUGAAACAAGAAUAUGUUGAUAAGGAAACCAAUACCGAAUGUGCCUUCCCGCCAGAAAAAUCUCGCUCCCAACAGGCCCAGCAAGCGGCCGAUGAUAGACCCGUUAAAAGGUCACAAACCUUCACACCAUCAGCGGCAGUAGGCAAAAGUCGUUAUAUUUGCCGUUUGAAUCGCAGCGAUUCCGAUUCUGCCAUGCACUUUGGUGUCACGCCACAUCCUUUCCAUCGUGGAGCUGUUGAAAGGAGAUCUUUGAGAUUUCACACGAAGGCUCCCAAAACUGCCACAAAAUUAAAUCAUACUCACAUACCACGCACCAGUUUGGACCUGGAACUAGAUCUGCAGGCCCAGCAUAGCAAAUUAGAUUUCCUUAAUGAUCAAAUCGCUAAAUUGCAGAAUUUAAAAGAAGCUUUGGAAAAGGCCCGCGAUAACAAAGAUCCCUUAAUUGCUGCCUGGGCCAUUGAAAAUGAGGAAUUCCAACGUCUGGUUGAACGUGCCGAUCCCAAUAAGUGCCCGGAAGAAAAGCAAUUGCAAAAGCUGCUCAUGAAAACCACAAAGAAAAUCUAUAAACUGCGCAAAACAAAAGUACCAAAGGGUUGCCCAGAUUUAGUGUCAUUCAAAGAGAAAAUUUCAUUUUUCACUCGCAAAGGAUUAUCGGUACCAGAACUGCCUACUGAUUUUAUGCUAUCCGAGGCCGAUCCCAUCGAAGAAGAAGAGGAAGUUGAAGAUUUACCAGAAAACCAAAACGAUUACAACGAAGAAGAAGAUGAUGAUGAUGAAGACGAUGAUAAUGCAGCCGAAACAGCAAUUGCCAUUAAUACGGCUCUCGUAGCCAGUAGCAUAAGAAACAAGAAUCUCAAUGAGAAUCACAUUGGUGGCGCCAGCAGUCGAAGACAAGCGGCAACUAAAAAUGCCACCAAUAAAUUGCUAGCUGAAACUUGUAAUAGAACAACAACAUCAACUAGCAAUGCAACAACAACAACAUCAACAGAAAAGCAAAACACCAAAGAUCAAGAUGGUAAUAAUAGCAGCAGCGAUGCCGAUAAACAACGUUUUGAAUAUGUAGUCGAUCGUACUUAUGGUGUUGAAGUGUGAGGAGCCAACCAACAAGUGUUCAUAAUGGAGAAAUUGCAAACUGUUUUGCGGCACAGGUAUGUGCUCCACACGCUCGUACUCGUACACAAACUAUCCAAUGGAUUGUGGUAUUUGUUACUGGAAUACUUUUGCGUAGAAAAAUGACAACGGAAUUGGUUCAAUCAUAACUACACAAAAGCGAGAACGAGAGAAAGAGAUCUAGAGAUGGAUAGUGUGUAACAACAAAUAGUAAUGUUAUUUUACAAACAAUAUAUAUAAACAAAUAAAGCCAGAGAUUAUUAUAUAAGCUAAAAGCUAAAGAUAUAGAAAUUCCCCUCCCCCUCACAAAAAAGAAAAGGAAAACCCCUGAAAAAAAGAAUUAAAUUUAUUUGCAAUUACAAAAUGAAACAUCAACAGCAGUUGUAUAUAAAUAUAAACGCUUGCUUAAGCAUAUACCCUACGGAAUGUAGUAAAGGAAUUGAAAAACUUUCACUUUGCUACAAUCUGUAUGAGGCCUUUAGAAAAAUGUAAAUUUUUCCGUAUAUAAACCAUAAAACGAACAAAAAAAAAUACUGAAAGGAAGCAUAGCUGGAAUAGUUCUAAAACAAAUGCCUAUAUUCUAAAUUAGCCAUGCCUUGAAUCCUUUAUAAUACUAUUUUUUCUCUGUACAAAUUGAAACUGCUGUAAUGUAUUGUUUUUAGUAUAAAAACAAAAAAAAUCUUGUGCCUUAUAUUGAAAAUAUUAAAUUUUAGGUUAUGUAAAUUUGUUCUCUAAACUAAACUAUAUAAUUAAACAAAUGCAAAAAAGAAACAAAAAUUACAAAAAAAAAUCAAAUCCCUCAUAUAACUUCCCAAACUGUGUAUAUUUUUUACUCAACAAAAUGAAAAAAAUCAAUAAACUUCCCCCCAAAAAAAUAAAGAAUAUAAAACUGAAUAUAUAAACCUGUAUUCCUAAGACUUCAAAAUAUACGAAUGUAAUUUAUUUAAUUCAAUUCUUUUAUAAUGUAUUUAAAAAACAAAUAAUAUACAAAUUAUUAUUAUUAGUUGUAAGAUAAACAAAUGUAAAUACAAAACAAAAAGCAAUUCCUUUACCCGCCUUCCCCACAAAAUUAUUGAAAACAUAAAAUGUAUUUUUCAUAUAAGCAAUAUAGUUUAAUAUACCACAAACAAAUAGAAAAAAUAGCUUGCGUUUUUGUUGAGCUCUCAUUUAUUGGAUAUUUUUUUAUUACUUUUCUUUACAAACCCCGAACCCUCCCCCCCCAAAAAAAACUAUACAAUUAUUUGCCUUUUUCAUUUUACAUCAUAUUUAAUUUUUGUUAAUUCCCACAACCAUAUAACCCCUCUUACCUCCUUUUUUACUUUUAUGUAAAUUUGUUAUUUUAGUUUUUAAACAACAAAAUUGUAUAGAAACAAAAUCAUACUCUCCAAACAACCUUUACUACCCACUUCCCCCCACACACAUACACAACACAAAAAAAGAAUCCUAAACAAAACUAUUUUAUAUUGUUAUUUUAUAAAUAGCUUUAAGAACCUAUGCAUAAAUAUAUAUUUAUAUUUUUAAGUAAUUUUAUUAUUUAACUUUUUUACCAAUUAAGUAGCUUUAAUAAAACAACAAAAAUUGAACACACAACAAAAUCAACUGUUUAUAUUUGUCAUAUUUUCUAGAAAGGCACAUCCAAAUAUAUACAUAAAUACACACAUAUUUUAUUUAUAAUGUUGGAUUUAAAAUGUCUACGUUGAUUUCGUGUGCGAUAAUAAUGACUUCGGGCGAUAAUAUUUUUUUCUUCUGAUAAUUAUCUCUCAAUAUGAAAAGAAAAUCUACUCAAAUUAGAUUUAUAACAAUUAAUUAUACGAUGAGCAUAUCUAUAUAUUAUUGUCUAUAUAUAAAGAAUCAAACCACAAACAACCACAAAUCAAAUGUAUAUUGUAUUUUGUGCAAUAAACAAAAUCUGUAAAAAAAAUUAUAAAACAAA